AGUGACGUCAUUACACGGAAGCAAAGCAAAACAUUAAUAUAACACGAGCGCUGGAGCUCGCGCUGCUUCUGUCAGUUCAGUUUGACUUCUUAAAAAUCAUUUUUCAGCCGCUCGUGUCUCAUCAACAUCACCAGACUCACACAGAUGUCCGCUCCUCCUGCAGAAGAGCUGCUGAAACAGUGGGAGAGCGAGCAGGCCCGUCUCAGACAGCAGGUGGUGGAGGAGGACACUGAGGACUGGCAGAGGAGUCCAGACUUCUCUGGCCUGGAGAGAGUCGGAGGAGUGGACCUCUCCUUCAUUAAAGGAGAUGAUGUCAACGCUGCGCCCCAGCUGGUGGUGCUCAGCUACCCCGACCUGGAGGUGUUGUAUGAGGACAGUCAGAUGGUGACCCUGACGGCCCCCUACAGGCUGGCUUCUGCCUUAGAGAAACCCCCUUCCUCCUGGAAAGCUCUGCAGCGGCUGGAGAGAAACCAGCCCCACUUCUGCUCAGUUGUGCCCUCUCAACAGGUGGUGUUUGUGGAUGGGAAUGGUCUCUUCCACUACAGAGAGUUCGGUCUGGCAUGUCAUCUCGGAGUGCUGUCAGGGCUGCCGUGUGUGGGCGUGGCAAAGAACCUGCUGCAGGUGCAGGGUGUGAACAAGAGCGAAGAGCACCAGUCACAGAUAGCUGCUCUGCAGAAAGGAGGAGACAGCUUCCCACUCACAGCCGCCUCAGGCAAAGUGCUUGGAAAGGCACUGCGAAGCUCUGACAAGAGCUCUAAGCCGGUGUACGUGUCCGUUGGCCACAAGAUCAGUGUGGACACGGCUGUACGCCUCACACACUCCUGCUGCUGCUACCGCGUCCCAGAGCCCAUCAGACAGGCUGACUGUCGCUCCAGAGAAUACCUUCGCACACACUUCCCAGUUGCAGAUACAUGAAACAAAGAAUGAGGUAUCAGGCAAAUAAUACAGCGAAGGAUCUCAGGAACUGUGAAGACCAGCAAGUAGAGAAGACCACUAAAAAGUGUGUGUGUGUGUGUGUGUGUGUGAGAGAGAGAGGAGAGAGAGAGAGAGAGAGAGACUGUGUGAGAGACUGUGUUUUCCAGUGCGACAGUGAAUGCGUGCUGUAACUUUUUCAUGUGCUUUUAAAAGUGCAGCUGUUUUAGUCUGGACCAAGACACUGUCAGAUUAAACUCUAUGUUUUAUGCACUCGCCCAUAUUCAGACUGGAUAUGGGUCACACUGGCUCUUUUUAUACUGGCUCUUUUUAUACACUGGUCUCAUUACAUUUUUGGGGUCACUCAGCUUUUUACACUGUUAGCCUCGUAAAUAAAUCAUUAACAUCCCCGGUCCUGCUUCAGAGUGCUGGUCAUCUGUUAAUAUCUCUUGGUUGUGUAAAUAUUGCUUUAUGUUCAUUUUAAAAGUGAGCUGUAUGGGAACAGCAGACAAUAUAACACCCAA